AUGUCCCCCCAAUUUCCAUCAAAUGCGCCGGCUGCGACAGAGAAAUUAGGUAAUCAGGCAGCCAAGCUCGGGCACCAAAUCAGAGGCCGCGAAGGCGCAACUCCGGCCUGCCAAUUCCGCCCGGCUACAGCGCCUACCAACUAUCUCUCCUCGCUUCGUCUCCCAUUCCUUCGUCGCACGUGCACCCUCUGUCGUCAUAUUCCCCCGGUCCCAUGCCCGAUCAUGCUAAUUCAUGGCCCUGUUCUUGAAAGUCCGAGCCUUGUGAUGUCCCAGACUCCCAAGCAUCAGUGCCAGAAAUGUGUCAUUGUGGCGGGGGGUCCAUGA